UCUACAGGUGGCCUGAUAAACACCAGCUUGAAACUUCUGUUUUUGUACUCAAAAUUUCAAAUUCAAUUUCAACUUAAGAAAUAAUUUCAACUUAAGAAAUCUCUCUAUGAUUUAUUUUUCGUUAAGACCUAUCACAACACGCUUUCUGUCCAUGGUUUAUCUUAUCUUUUCAACACUACUGCUAGACUGGAACCUCCAAUCAUUGAUCACUCACUUGUGUCUUCUUCAAAUCUCUUAAUUUCCUCAAUUGGGUUUCUUAAUCUUCUAGUUUCCUCAACUGGGUCGAUCCCAUUUUUCACUAGAAUCGCUUCUACAUCUUGAAAAAUAUUAGUCAAGUCAUAUCGAACACUUCUAUGGCCUCUGUUGUGUCUCUUCCUUUCGUUAUAGAAACAGGAGCAGAAAGUUCUGUGCUUGUUCAAAGUAAAAGGCAACAUCGACCCAGUUCUGUUUUUGCCUCAUUUAGGCAGAGAAAGCCCCCAGUUUUCGGGGUAUUUAAUAACUCAAUAUGCCGUUUUUCAUUGUGUUUUGAUAAAAGAGGACAUUUAUCGAGGAUUAAGCAUGUGAAAGCAAUGGGAAGAGACUCUAUGGGAGGUGAAGGUGGUAAUGAUUCUGAGGAUGCACUUGAGGCCGCCAUUGAAAAAAGCAAGAAGAUUCUGUCUAGUCAAAGACACAUUCUUCAACAGAUUGCUGAAAGAAGGAAAUUGAUAUCAUCCAUAAAAGGUACCGUUGCUGAUCAAGAAGAAGGCAAAGUUUCUAGCGAACAAAGGGAGAACUCUUUUCCGGAUUUGGAUCUUACUUCAACCAGUGAUAGCAAUGUAAUUGAAGAACAAAAUGUUAGCCUUCUUCCAAGCAAAUAUGCUAACACAACUGCCAAUGAGGUACCAGAUUUUGCCUCUUCAGCUGCUACCAGAGGUUUUGACGUGGGUGGGAAGGCAUCUUUGUCUCCUAAAGACACUUCCUUUAAUAUAGAUUCCCCCAAUCAGUUGGAAGACACUAGUACAGGGUCCACCAGGUCUGAUGACCUGCCAUCUUUUCUUGCACAUACCUCUGAAACCUCUGGUCAGAAGAAGGAAGAAUUCCUCUCUUCAGUUGUUACCAGAGGUUCUGAUGUAGGUGGGAAGGUGUCUGGAAAAAGUUUGUCUCAUAAAGAGGCAUCCCUUAAUAUAGAUUCCCCCAAACAAUUGAAAGGCACUGAUACACGGUGGUCCAAUGAACAGCCAGCUUUUCUUGCUCAUUCCUAUGAAACUUCUAGUCAGAAGGAUGAAGAGUAUGAAGAUCUGAAGGUUCCAAGUUUACAAGGGCUUACCAGUGAGACAAAUGAUCAUGUCACUAAAGAUGUGAAAUCUCCUUCAUUGGCUGGAGAAAAAGCCAUGCCUGACAAGUUGAAGGACACUAAGUCAGGGGUAGCUCAGUCUGGUGAACUGCCAUCUUUUCUUCAGCUUAGCCCGGAAACUUCCCUUUCAAUGGAUGAAGAGCAUAGAGAUUCAAGGGGUUCAAGUACACAAGCCAGUGAGGCCACUGAUUCUGCCAUUGAAGAUGCAAAACCCCCUCCAUUGGCUGGAGCAAAUGUAAUGAACAUUAUAUUGGUAGCUACAGAAUGUGCUCCAUGGUCUAAGACAGGUGGGCUUGGAGAUGUUGUUGGGGCUUUACCGAAGGCAUUGGCCCGGCGUGGACACAGGGUCAUGGUUGUGGCUCCACGUUAUGGCAACUAUGCUGAAGGUCAAGAUUCUGGAGUCCGAAAAAGGUAUAAGGUGGAUGGCCAGGAUAUGGAAGUAGCAUAUUACCAGGCCUAUAUUGAGGGUGUGGAUUUUGUUUUCAUCGACGGUCCUUUGUUUCGCCACAAAGAGAAUGAUAUCUAUGGAGGAAAGCGGGAGGAUAUUCUAAAAUGCAUGGUAUUGCUUUGCAAGGCAGCUGUUGAGGUACCUUGGUAUGUUCCAUGCGGUGGUGUCUGCUAUGGGGAUGGAAAUUUGGUUUUUAUUGCAAAUGAUUGGCAUACUGCACUGCUUCCUGUGUAUUUGAAGGCAUACUAUCGAGACAAUGGUUUAAUGAUGUAUACAAGAUCCGUGCUUGUUAUUCAUAACAUAGCUCACCAGGGUCGGGGGCCUGUGACAGAUUUUUCCUAUACAGAUCUUCCAGGACAUUACUUGGACCUUUUUAAACUGUAUGACCCCGUUGGCGGUGAGCACUUCAAUAUCUUUGCAGCUGGUUUAAAGACCGCAGAUCGUGUGGUUGCUGUUAGUCAUGGAUAUGCUUGGGAGGUUAAAACUGUUGAAGGUGGUUGGGGUUUGCACAAUAUCAUGAACGAGGUAGACUGGAAAUUGAGUGGCAUAGUGAAUGGGAUUGAUACAAAAGAUUGGAACCCAAGGUACGACGUCCACCUUAGGUCAGAUGGUUACACUAACUACUCAAUGGAGACGCUGCAAACUGGCAAGCUGCAGUGCAAGGCAGCCUUACAGAAAGAGCUUGGUUUACCUGUACGUGAGGAUGUCCCACUAAUAGGUUUCGUUGGGAGGCUUGAUCACCAAAAGGGUGUUGAUCUUAUAGCUGGGGCAAUUCCAUGGAUGAUGGAGCAGAAUGUGCAACUAGUCAUGUUGGGUACUGGCAGAGAAGACUUAGAACAGAUGCUGAGGAACUUUGAAAACCAGCACAAAGACAAAGUCAAGGGAUGGGUUGGUUUUUCUGUGAAGACAGCUCACAGGAUAACUGCAGGUUCAGACAUCUUGUUAAUGCCAUCUAGAUUUGAGCCUUGUGGAUUGAACCAGCUCUAUGCUAUGAGUUAUGGGACGAUUCCAGUUGUUCAUUCUGUAGGAGGAUUGAGAGACACUGUGCUGCCUUUUGAUCCAUUCAAUGAAUCAGGGCUCGGUUGGACAUUUGAUAGUGCUGAUGCAAGUAAGCUGAUACACGCGUUAGGAAACUGUUUCUGCACUUAUCGAGACUACAAAGAGAGUUGGGAAGGACUCCAGAGAAGAGGGAUGAUGCAGGAUCUUAGUUGGGACAAUGCUGCCCGGAAGUAUGAGGAGGUCCUCGUCGCUGCCAAAUACCAAUGGUGAGGCAUCAGAGUUUGAGGCGUCAGAGUAAUCUGACAAAAUUUUGAGCCCCCCAACUUGAAGCCAGCAGUUCUUUAGUCUUUUAAGCUUUUCUAGUCAAGGAGGCCUAGUUAUUCCGAUACAAGCUCUGCAACCCUUUUUACCUUUCGAAACUUUUCAGUGUAAUUAGCUUCAUAACAUGCAACAGUUUUUAUCAUUUCAGGUUGUGAUAUAAAUUGUAUGCAGUGUAAAAUGCUGUUGACUAGUGACAGACUGCAUGGCUGGACUGGAAUGCAGCUUUGUUCAUUCUCCUUUUUUUAUCGCAUGAUGUUGUUGGAA